AUGAGCCGUAUCGUCAACUUACAUCUCAAUCGGGACAGCUGCAUUAUACGGCACCGCAUCUUCGCGCUCGAUUCCUCGCACGAGACUUUACCUUACCACAAGCCGGGGCCCCAACUCUUAUUAGAACAUGAGAACAACCCGCACCUGUUGAUCAACACCACCCUCGGCUCCCAGGCCGGCAAGCCGCCCCAAGGCCCCAGUAGCCUAAAGCGCACGGCGAGAGGAUGCGGGACGACGCUGACCGGAAACCCCCUAUUCUUAGAUCAAUGCACUACUGUGCCGAUGCAUCUGGCCUUUGGCGACAUCGGCGAUAUUAGUGGCCGCUAUUAG